AUGGGAAAUACCGACAAACACAAUGCUUAUUCGGCGCCUCAUGCUCAAAACACUGAAAUGACACUUGAGGAUUUGGAAUCCGCACGGUCCCAAGGCUUUUCAUGUCCAUUGAGUACACCCAAUAAUUGGACAAACCCUGCCACAUCAGCACACAAGGCAUUGUAUGAAUCUGGUUUAUUAAAUGACAUUGCAGGCCAACAUAGUUAUCCGGCACAACAAAUGCAAAACAAUGUCACAACUGUUGUGUCUCCUAUUCCAAUUAGGCCGGUUAGUAUUACUCAAGGAAGUCCAUAUCAAAUGAAUACAACAAGUGGCUUCUAUGUGAGUGGUUCUAACGCUCCCUCAUCAUCAUCGUUCAAGAGGAGAGUGCCUUCUCAAGAUGAGACAACUCCAAAUAACCAAAGUUGGAAUUCCAAUUUUGGUCGAGGUCUCCGUAGGUACAGUUCAAGCUACAACAAUGGUGAAAGGUACUCAUUGCAUGACCCCAUUUACGCAUCUUCGUUGCUUCAAAUGGAAAUGAUCUUAAAAAUAAUGGAGCAAGAAUUUUCAUCAUCAAAAUCACUGUCAAAUUCAAAUAAAAGAAGGCAAAGCUUUACUGAUGAACUGCAUGAUAUUGUGAAUUCAUCUUCACAAGAUUUCUCAGCUGAAAGAGAAACAAGAUACAGCAUCCCUCAAACAAGUCAAUAUCAAACUACGAAUUUGGAGGGUGCACCAAAUUUUUCACAAAGUAGGCAGACGCAAUUUUCAAGAAGUCCAUCACAGGUGCCAUUUGAAAGCUCAGGAAUUGAUGCAACGUUAAAUAUUAACAUGCACAAUACUUAUUCAGUGCCUCAUGGCCAGAACACCGAAAUGAUAUCAGAGAGUUUAGAUUUCAUCAGAUUUACCUUUAGGCCGAGAUCUCAAGGCUUUUCAUAUCCAUUGAAUACACCCAAUGGCUAUGACCUCUCCAACAAUGUGAAAAGCCCAACAACCUCAACACCCAAGGUACCGUAUGAUAACCCGACGUCGGGUUUAUUAAAUGUUGUUGCAGCUCAACGAUGUUAUCCAACACAACAAGCGCAAAAUAACGUUGCAACUAUUGAAUCUCCACUUCCAAUCAGACCGGCUAGUACUACACAAGGAAUUCCAUAUCCAAUGAAUACACCAAGUGGUUCUAAUGGCCCCUCAUCAUCGUCAUUGAAGAGGAAAGCGCCUUCACAAGAUGGCACACCUCCAAAUUACCAAAGCAGGAAUUCCAACUUUGGUCGAGGUCUACAUAGAUACAGCUCAAGCAGCAACAAUGGGGGAAGAUGGACUAAAUCGAAUAUGAAAUCUAGGUACUCAUUGUACGACAAGAGAUACGAGGAUGUCGGCCUUCCUGUCGACCCCCAUUUACGCAUCUUCAUUGCUACAAAUGGAAAUGGAAAUGGAGAUUCAACAUCGAGGAAAAGGGACUGA